CGCACACACGCAGCGUGCCCUUGACUUCCUCCUCCGGAGCUGCGCACAGAGGUCAGAGACAGUCGCUGGCUUUCCGAGACGUUGGUGGCGAUGGGUCUCCUGCCGGACGAGGCCAAGUGUCUGCCGCCGCCUGGGCUGGUGAACCGCUACUCGGUCCACCUGGGGCUCGCGGGCUGGGCCACGGCGCUGCUCCACAACGUCUUCAUGCACCGGCCGGCGCUGCGAUCAGGUGUCCACCGGCAGGUGCUGAUGUGCUCGGUGGGCUGGUUCCUGGGCUACCACCUCUCCAAGUACGAGACUUACACCUACGCCAAGCGGGACCGGGUCAUCAGGGAGUACGUGAGGCAGCACCCCGAGCGCUUCCCGCCGCAGGACAAAAAGACUUUGGCGGAGAUCGUGGAGCCCUUCCAUCCCAUCCGCUAGCCGCGAGCCGUAAAUAAUGUAAAUAAUAAAUGUGUUCUGAAGAGACGCCAGUGAGUCUGCGCCAGCUUUUAUUGGGGCUCUGCCGACGUGACGUGACGUGUCCUCUACUCGGAGAAGCCGAUGAUGUCCAUGUAGCGCUGCGUCAGGCUCCGGCUGGCGUCGGUCAGCGUGCUCAUGACGGAGAAGAGUCCUCUCAGGUGGAAGCGGAAGAGCCGCUCGGGGUCCGAGUCCAGCAGCGUCUCCAGCGUCUUGCUCGUGGCGGCCUGCUCCUCCAGAGGCACCAGGCCGCUCUCCACCGUGUUCCUGACGGCCUUCAGCAUCAGGAAGGUGUCGUACAGGUCCCGGCCGGCCUCGGGUUCCGAGCCGGAGCCGUCCCAGGGGACGUCCCUCAGCAGGCUGGGCAGCAGGACCGUCUGCUCCAUGAGGCCGAUGAUGGCGCUGUACCUCUUGAGGGCCAGCGGCAGGCUCUUCCUGUGGACCCUGGCGUCGACCAUGUUGCUGCG